AUGACCGUAGAGACGAAUAUAGAUCAAGUGAUCGUAGAGAUGAUUAUAGAACAACUGACCGUAGAGACGAAUAUAGAGCAACCGACCGUAGAGAUGAUUAUAGACCAAGUGAUAGUAGAGAUGACUACAGAGCAACUGACCGUAGAGAUGAUUAUAGACCAACUGAUAGUAGGGACGAAUAUAGGCCUGGUGAUCGUAGAGAUGAUUAUAGACCUAGUGACCACAAAGAUGAUUAUAGACCCAGUGAACGUAGCGAUCGGUUUGAGCGAAGAGGGAAUGGAAGUAGUAGCUAUAGAGAAGAAAGGAAAUGGUGAUUCCACAAAAUUAUUCUUAAUUCAUUUAUUUUUGAAUACUAGUUAUUUUGAGGUUAAUAGAAGAGACUAUGUGAUGAACAGUUUAAGGAGAGUAACUUUUAAAUAA